CCCCCAAGUCUCCAUCUAGUCUCUUGUUUUCUUCCUUGAAGCUUCCUCUGUUCUCGUCCCAUCCCAGUCUCUGCAUUUCACACAACGCAAGUUAAAAACUUUUGAAACUUCCCAAUUUCUCUUCACACAAUUCUUACUCUCUCUCUUUCUCGAUUUUUGAUAUAUCACACAAACUGGAGUUAAAAAGGUCACCUAAUCCAUUACCCACUUCCAUAAAUUCCCUGUAUUUAAUCUCUCCUCUGCUCAAUAAUAUAUACAGAUUCAAGUCUAGAUUAAAGCUUCAAUCUUUAGACCCUUUUGGGUGCUCUGUUUUUGCCUCAAAUCCAACAUUUCGCUUCUGGGUUUUUUUGAAAUGGCAAGUGUAGACAUCUCCCACAUCGACUUAGAAUCCGGCGGUAGUCACCGCCGCCGCUCCUCCGCUGUGAACGGCGGCCACAAUGAAAACAGCGACGACGAGAGCGUCUGUUUUUCCGACGCCGACGAGGGUUCUUGUUUCUACUCCACGGCCGAUGGAUCGUACGAUGAUUACAGCAUUGCUUGUGGGUCUGAUCAUGAGAUUGGAGUCUCGGAGUCCCGGAGGUUGUCGUCGGCGUCGGAGUCGGAUUGUUCGGUGGAUAUCGAAACUGGGAUUCGUAAAGUUAAGGUGCAUUUGAGGAGAAUAGAGAGAGAUUGUCGAAUUUGUCAUCUGAGUUUGGUGAGUACUGCUCAACCUGAGUCUGGAAUUGCUAUUCAAUUGGGUUGUUCUUGCAAGGGUGAUUUGGCUGCUGCUCAUAAGAAUUGUGCAGAGACUUGGUUCAAGAUUAAAGGAAAUAAGACCUGUGAAAUUUGUAAUUCAGUCGCACAAAAUAUUUUAAGUGCAAAUGAGGUUGUCGAGUCAACACAACAGACGAACGAGACCGAUGCCACAGCAACAAACACUGCCUCAGCAUCAGUACCUCCAACUGCAGAGACUCGAAGCUGCUUGAACGGUCACCGCUGUGUGAAUUGCCUUCUCGCUUGCAUGGUAUUCGCCUUUGUCAUAUCUUGGCUCUUUCACUUCAACAUCCCAUCGUAAAAAUCACGCAUGAGAGUUAUCGUCUGUAUAGGUUGUGCCUCUAUACUUACCUACAGUUGAAUCAGUAUUUUGAGUGUGCUUCUAAGUAUCAAAUCGAUCGGUUUUUCUUAUUCUGUUUUAUGGUAUCUCUUCUUGGUUUUUCCAUGUAACAGUUUAAAAAUUACUAUAUUGAAAUCAUAAUAAUGGUUUCUCAUAAUUACAGUUGUCUCACAAUCCCCUUGAAUUUUA